AUGAAAAGAUCAUGGUUCGUAGCCGCUAAUUUGAAACAGCUUCAGUCUCUGCAGCCGGAUUCUCGGAGACACUUGGGAUCUUUUAGAAAGGUCAAUCGUGCCUGCUAUGAUGCAGCAACGCCGAUAUUGUUCGGAGUGCUCACGCUCAGGUUCUCGGACAUGACGAGUUUGCGAGCAGCCGUCGCUGAGAUCACAGAAACCCCCGAAGGUCAAAAUUCCCUCAGAUGGGCCAGGAGACUUCACGUUGCCGGGGAUGCCCGUGCACAAGGCUACUGGUGGCAUAGGAUUGAACGUCUGGAGCCGUGGGCAGUCAGUCUGGCUUCCGAGGACAGGCCCACUGUGCAAGAUACAUUGUUGGAUCACUGGCUUACUGCAGUUGAUCCAAUCCCACAUAGACGACCUACCAUUGUGCAUACCAGCCACGCUUGCGACUGGAGCUGGGAACCAGUUCUGUCUCUCAUCGCACGUCUUAGUCAUCUCAAGCAAAUUGAUUUCUCGACACAGGGUGAGGUGACGGUUGGGGUUGAAGACAUCGUCUCUCGCUACCAUCCAGCAUGCGAGGUGAGCGUCUUCUCGGCACAGGUUGUGGAGCGAAGUCUGGGCAAUACGGGCUCAUGGCAUCAAUUUCAAGGGCCAAAUUCAACCGAGGCUUUUCGGUUCAAUAUCGAGUGGCUUCGGCGGCCUCGCUUGAACACUCUGACCGUGGGUCUGGGUCUGUAUGGCCGGGAAGAGCAGCCCGUUGUCGAGAUGUAUGCGUUUCUCGUUAACGCGCCGGGCUUGAAGCACCUGGAAGUGUUUGGUCUCCACCGCCGAGACGAUGGGAGCUCUACCGCCCUCCUCCGUCUCAAGCAACAAUGGCAAGACUUGCAGGAAACCAGUCCGCCUGGAAAAGUUUGCAAUCUGGAAUCUAUCACGAUAUCUGGGUCUGCUCUGAGUGAAGAGAUUGUGCUCAGCUUCGCGGCUGCAGGCAAUCUUUCCAACCUGCGCUCACUCAUCCUGGCAGCGCCGGUGCUUGAUUGGGCGAGUUUGGCUCGUGUUGCCCAACAUUUGCCAAGGCUCGAGGGACUCUUCUUUGAGCUCAACAGUACGAAAUUUCUUCCCAGUCCUGAUUUGGUCGAUGCCAUCCGAGCCUUCCGUCCCUUACGGUACUUGAGCGUGGGUGACCUUGGAGGGUCUGAGAACCUGCGUCGUGUGGUCGAGAUACACGGACCGUCCCUAGAGGGUCUCAUGCUGUGUCCCGUGGAUUACGCAAGAUACACCAAGCUCAACGCAUCGGACUUGAUCCACCUUUCAGCUCAUUGUCCAAAUUUGAGGCAGCUAAGAGUUCAAGCCAAGCGAUCCAUGGGCACACGACCAGAGUGUGAGAUGUACAGGGCUCUGAGCAUGUUCCCAAAGCUUCACAGCCUUGUGCUAGACCUCCAUUUCGAUGCCCGCCCGGAAUCUCAAGCCCAUGGCCUGAUCGCUGCGGAUACCACCACCCUCCGAGAGUGUUUCAUCAAUGCCGCGACAGAUGAGUCCCUUGCCACUGCAAUUUGGCAGCUGAUCAAGUCCACUGGCGCACCCCGUUUGCAGUUCAUGCGUAUCGUGCCCGUUGGAAAUCAUCGGUUCAGCCGAGAAGAGGCCUGGCUGCUGGCACGCUUCGCCCGGUCAUUCUUGGUGACGCGAUACAACUUGAACAAUCCAGAACUGCCCCUGGUGGAAGAGAUUGGCCGUAGGGAACCGACUCGCAGGGCGAGGCCUGGUUGGGUACAAAGUGACGGCAGAUUGGCACAACUUCUCCAGACGAUUUGGCCACGGAUAGCCCACGUUCAAGACUGGUGGAACUCCGGAUGGCAAAGCUUCCCUUUGGCGUUGAAUGCGUGA